AUGAACGUGCCUAAGAUGUCCAAGAGUCCUUUCAGAUUGAGCAUGGGGGUUCAGGAGAUUCCGAGGAUGAUUAUCAGCAACAUGGUGAUGGAGCUUCGAGAGAGAGAGAAACAGUUGAUGGGACAGAUCGACCUGUUUCAUGCUAUCAAAGAAGUCCCAACUCCGUCCAAGGAUGAAGAAAAGAGCAUAUCCCUGUUCAAGGAGAUAUCAAGACUGAACCAGGAGGUGGCCAUGAGUUGGAGAUCGAUCGAAGAUCGUCAUCUGAUAGUCUCUUGUGACUUGCAGAUAGUAAACCUCAGAGAGGAGAGGGACAACUGGAAGUCAAGAGCCUUGCUCGCAGAGGGCAAGCUCGACAAGCAAUCCGCGGUAUCGCCCAAGGAAGGGAAGGAUUCAGACACUCGAAACUCUGAAAACUUCCAGCUUCCCCGUAAUCUACAUCAAGACUACGAGUCUCCUGAACUAGCUUCCUUGUCCCGCAUUUCCAACGUCUACAGCCCUAGUGAAACUUGGAAUGGGAAUGGAGAAUUCAAUUUGCCGUGGAGGGGAAAAGAGCCUGUGCACAACAAUGCGGUCAGAGACACGAGGCUGGGUCAAGAUGAAAGCUCUGCAAGGCCUGCAGGAGAGGAACAGAACGAUAGAACUCCUGCUACUGGAGCUGAAGCCCAGCAUGUCACCUUCAACCUUCACCUUUCGAAAUUGUACAAGGUCAUAGAAACGAGCACGCGAGAAAGAGCAUCAUUGAAACACAGUUUGAGCCUGGAUGUGGGACUUGCACUCCCUUCUGGAGUAGAAAUGAAUGCUUUGCUUGUACAGAUCUUGAUCGCUCUGAAAAGGUCUGGAAUGAGUUUCAACUCGUCGGAACUCCAGAUAUUAUCCAUAGAGCCCGAUACGUGGUCGGAUGAUGGAACGGAACCAACUACACUUGUCGUCAUGCAGAUCUCAUCGUCGGCCAGUGCACUCCACAAUCCGACUCAGGUUAUUGAGGAACUGCAACAGCAACUCAACGACUCCUCUAGUGCCUUGAAGAACGGCGAGGCCUCUCAGCACUUGAUGAGAAUAAGUCAUCAGUGA